AUGCAAUGCUGUACUGUGCCACCCACACAGUACUGUAAGGUCCCGCGCGAUUGUCUUAUGCUUACAGUCAGUACUGUUGUGGGAAGGUACUGUAGUGUAGAAUUCGGGAAAAAAAAGGAAAUGCGGCGAUAUUAA